CACAUCACAACAAAACAUGUUAUUUCUGCACAGCGCCCAGUGUGUUCCAAGCCUCGGGGUGAAUCCUUCGCUGUGAUUGGUGGAGUCUAAUAUCAGGAGACAUCAAGCCAGGGAAUGUUCUACUGAGCAGUGAGGGACACGUGAAGCUUGCUGACUUCGGUGUAGCAGCAGAAGAAGUGUUUGGCCAUAAUACCAUCCAUGGCCAAGCAGGGACAUUGAAUUACAUGGCCCCCGAGAUGCUACUAGACCGUGACUACACUGCAGCUGUGGACUGGUGGUCUUUUGGUGUUACACUAUGCAAAAUGGCCACUGGGAAAUCCCCUUUCCAGACUGGAUGUGACCUGCCCAAAGUGAAAAAAUCCAUCCUCAAAGAUCAGCCCAACAUUCCAGGAUGGAUCAGCUCAGAACUACGUAAUCUUCUGAGAAAGCUUCUGAAAAAGAAGCCUCACAAACGCCUUGGAAUCAAUGGAAGUAUCCGGCAACAUCCUUUUUAUGCUUCCAUUGAUUGGGAGGAGCUGGAAAGCAUGAGGAUACCAUCACCUUUUCAGCCAGAACCUGAAUCAUCUGAAGAUUUAAAUAAGGUCACACCAUCAUUCAUGGAGGUCCUACAAAACCCAUCAGAGGACAAUCUCAUUCAAGGGCUUUCCUACAUAAAUCCCAGCUGGAAGGAGUAGAAGCCUAGCCAGGUGAGUUUUACACUGGCCUCCCUCACCUCAGUGAGAGUCUCUGGAUACUUGUGCAGUAAAACCUGGCAGCACCUGAGUGGCUACGGGUAAGGCCGAAAGUCAAAGGUGGCUGUUAUAAGACAGAAGAGCAUGCCUAGUGUGGGAUCCACUUACUUCCCUGAGGUUUGGGAUCUUAUCACCUACUCCACCUGCCUUGUCAUCUACUCCACUCAAGUGUACCAUCUAUUUCAUCUGGCUAUAUCAUCUGCCAAAGUUAAAAGUCCAGUAAGCUUUCUAUGUGCUUUCCAUCACCUCCAUCAGCAAUCCGCCUCCAUAAUCAAUUCUGCCUUGUCCAUCUGGCCCUGUCACAUCCUCACUCUGCCAAUAUUAGCUGCUCCUUUUACCAAAUAUUCCAUCUGUCAUCACCAUCUAGUUCAUCUUACCAUGCCUGUCAGUAGCAUGUGGGUCACUAAACUAUCACUAA